UAGUUUGUUACGGUUGCAGACGACAGAAUGGGGCGUGAUCCAAAUGUGCGGCAGUAAGUCACGCCACGGUCAAAGCAUUGGGCUAAAAAAAAAAAAUCUUCACAAUCUCAUCAUCGGAUGCGCACCGGUUGACAUCAAACAUGGAGAACAUGCAUAUAAUUUAGUUAUAAUGCAAAUAUGUUUAUUCUACUGCAAACAAGAGAUGUAGUUCACCGGUAUCUUUGAAGUAUUUUACACCCGUGCACUAAACCGCAAGGGACAGAGGAUCCAUUGAAUCUUGAGGAGCAGCCAAGAAUACAAUAGGAUGGAGACAUUAUGUGGUAAAGGAGGGACAUUGGAUGGUGACAUGCUGAUGGUCAUCGUUAAACAAGAGGAAGACCAUAUGGAGCAGAUGUCCAAUGGUCCACUGUCAUCUGACACGCUCAUCAAACAGGAGCAAGAAGAGGGCCUAGAACAAGGCACUACAGCUCCAUGCGACCAACUCCCUGAGGAAACAGACACCCUGGAAGAAGCAGAGGAGGAGAAAAAUAGGAAGGGAAAGACCGAAGAGAGGUGCUGGUCUGCUGUUGAGACUGAGGAUGUCUCUGGGUCAGACUCCAGUUGGUGCUGCAGACUGUGUCAGCGCUGCUUCAGUUCCUCCUGGCAGCUAACGGGACACUGUUGUACUGGCAUCGCGGGGGAGGACGGGGUCGCCCACGGCCACAAGGUCAAACUGGAGUUCCGGUGCCCAGUGUGUGGCGACCGCUUCCUCCGCCCCACAGCCUUCAUCAUGCACAAGCGCAGCCACAUGGGCCAGUCCCAGUACGUCUGUGGGGUCUGUGGACGGACAAUCAAGAGCCUGCGCAAGCUGGCCUCCCACAAGCGCUCACACUCCCGCCGCCGCGGGACUGUGGCUGAACGACAGCAGUGCCAUGACUGCAGCCAGAGCUUCUGCAACUUGACAGCACUCAGAAGCCACCGGGAGAGACAGCACGGAGAGGAGAGGAAUUGGAAAGAUGAGGAGGACAGGGCAGUGAGAGAGGAAGAGGAGGGAAGCACUGCAGUAAUCUCUAAUGAUUCAACCAGAGUUUCAGCCCAGCCUCCCCAGUCUCCUCAGUGCCACCAGUGUUUCAUGACCUUUCAGGAUGCAGAGACAGAAGAGAGGCAUUUACGCUUCAAGCACCCAGUAGAGUAUGAGAGACAUCUCAGAGGUCGCACAGUGUUUGCCUGCUGUGURUGCGACRGUACYUUCCCCUCCUCCRGRCUGCUKUCAGCUCACCAACGCACCCACAGCAAGUGGAGUCUGCCCCCCACUGGACCAGAAGACUCUGUCCAAGAAAGCACAGACGGAGGAGAGGCUGAGGGUAUGGACAGUGAAAAAAACAGAGCUGGUCCAACGAGCUGUGAGCACUGUCAUAUCAUCUUCAAUGACCCUCGAASCUGGGAACGUCACAUGACGGCCAAGCACCCCCCAUCCCUGUCGACACCUACUUCACCAGGGAAUGCCUACCUGACUUCCAGACCUGCCAGGGGUCAACUACGACCCUAUCGCUGCUCCUCCUGUGGAGAGAGAUUCAUACAGGAAAGCACCCUGACCAAACACUGCACCGAGGCACACGCCAGCUGAGAGAGGAUGGUUCUGGGAGCAUAGAUACCAAGAUGAAGAGGACAAGAGGCAAGUUGGAGUGAUAUAUAUAUAUAGGAUUGUUUUCCAGGAGUGCCUUGACUAACUAUUUAUAAAGUUGUUUAACGAAGAAAUUACGUGUCACUUAUGAGAUUUAUACUAUAAUUUCAUUGUAGGUCUUAGUGUCAACCCUUAUGUCAACUUUCUCCAACACCAACAGAAUCCUCACAAAAUAUAUUUUGAAUUAAUAUCUCUUCUAGGGCUGUGACGAUACCAGUAUCGCAAUAUUUUUUCCAUGCCAAAAAUMAAAACGCGAAGCAGACCAGACUCUGGUCCUUUUAUUUUCCAAGCUAUAGCUUUGAAAAUAAAUAUGUGAUUCUGGAUGAAAACAUAAUGAUGUUUGUUUCCAACUUCAAGGCUGUUUCCCCAAAGAAGUUAAAUCCACUUUGUGUUUUGUUUCCUUGCCACGAUACUGGUAUCGUCCCGGCCCUAACAACUCGAAAAGCACGAGUGUCAAAAUGGAGUAGUUUUCAAAAUAAAAGCAUGACCAUAUUUAUUAGAGAUUCACAUAAAAAAAAGAAUAGUAAUUCAUCUGUACCAUGAAUAAAGAUAGGAUGAAAACAGA